AUGGGCAGCGCUUUCAAGCUGGUGGGCUUCCUCGCAGCGGCAGCGGCGGCGCUGCUUCUCUCACCGGCGAGCGGCGCCGGCGACUGGCAACCCGCCCAUGCCACCUUCUACGGCAACGCCGACCCCAACGAGAGCCGAAGUAGGAGACAUCUUCCUUACAAUCUUCCCCAUCUUCCUCCUCUGUGGAUUAAUGGCUGGCGACUGUGAGUUUUCUUCCCAUUGAAACUGAGCUCUUCUUCCUGAAACUCCAUGCAGCGGGAGCAUGCGGGUACGACGACGUGUUCAAACAGGGCUACGGCAACAUGACGGCGGCGCUGAGCACCGCCCUCUUCAACUCCGGCGCCGCCUGCGGCGGUUGCUACGAGAUACAGUGCGUCUCCGAUACUCAGUGGUGCCUCCCCGGGACGAUAACCGUGACGGCGACCAACUUCUGCCCACCGGCGAACAAGCCCAACAACGACGGCGGCUGGUGCAACCCGCCCCUGAAGCACUUCGACCUCAAUUUCCCGGCGUUCCUGAAGAUCGCCAAGUACCGCGCCGGAAUCGUGCCGGUGCAAUUCCGGAGAGUUCCCUGCGUGAAGUCCGGCGGGAUAAAGUUCGAGAUGAGGGGGAACAAGGACUGGAUCGCCGUGCUCAUCUUCAACGUCGCCGGCGCCGGCAGCGUCACCGCCGUUUCCGUGAAGGGGACGGCGGCGCCGCUGGGGAGGUGGAUCGAGAUGCAGAGAAGCUCCGGGGAGGUGUGGGCCGUGCGGUGGCAGUCGGCGCUGGUGGGACAGGCUCUCUCCUUCAGGGUGACGACCAGUGAUGGGAAGACGGUGGAGUCCGAUAAUGUUGCCCCACCCAACUGGCAGUUCGGGCAAACCUACGAAGGGAAACAGUUUUAG